AUGAGGGGUUACCAUGGCGACCGAGGCAGCCAUCCCCGCCCAGCCCGCUUUGCCGACCAGCAGCAUAUGGACGUGGGCCCUGCUGCCAGGGCCCCGUACCUGGUGGGCUCCGGGGAGGCCUUCUCCACCGAGCCCCGCUUCUGUGCCCCAAGAGCUGGCCUGGGACACCUUUCUCCUGAAGGGCCCCUGAGCCUGAGUGAGGGGCCAUCCAUAGGCCCCGAGGGAGGGCCAGGAGGGGCCGGGGUUGGGGGGGGUAGCAGCACCUUCCCCAGGAUGUACCCCGGCCAGGGCCCCUUCGACACCUGUGAAGACUGUGUGGGCCACCCGCAGGGCAAGGGUGCCCCCCGCCUGCCUCCCACACUGCUGGACCAGUUUGAAAAGCAGCUGCCGGUUCAACAGGAUGGCUUCCACACGCUGCCAUACCAGCGGGGGCCGGCAGGGGCCGGGCCCGGGCCCGGGCCGGGGUCUGGCGCUGCCCCCGAGGCCCGCAGCGAGAGCCCCAGCCGCAUCCGGCACCUGGUCCACUCCGUGCAGAAGCUGUUCGCCAAGUCCCACUCUCUGGAGGCUCCAGGGAAGCGGGACUACAACGGGCCCAAGGCCGAGGGAAGAGGUGGCUCCGGGGGAGACAGCUACCCAGGCCCGAGCUCUGGAGGCCCCCAUGCCUCCCACCACCACCAUCACCACCACCACCACCACCACCACCAGUCCCGGCAUGGCAAGAGGAGUAAGAGCAAGGACCGCAAGGGGGAUGGCCGGCACCAGGCCAAGGCCGCGGGCUGGUGGAGCUCUGAUGACAACUUGGACAGUGACAGCGGCUUCCUGGCCGGUGGGCGGCCCCCUGGGGAGCCCGGGGGUCCCUUCUGCCUGGAGGCUCCGGAUGGGUCCUACCGGGACUUGAGCUUCAAGGGGCGCUCGGGGGGGUCGGAAGGCCGCUGUCUUGCCUGCACUGGCAUGUCCAUGUCACUGGAUGGACAAUCGGUCAAGCGAAGUGCCUGGCAUACCAUGAUGGUCAGCCAGGGCCGGGAUGGAUACCCAGGGGCUGGGCCCAGCAAGGGGCUCCUGGGGCCGGAGGCUAAGGCCAAAGCCAGGACUUAUCACUAUCUGCAGGUGCCGCAAGAUGACUGGGGGGGUUACCCCACUGGGGGCAAGGACGGGGAGAUCCCCUGCCGCAGGAUGCGGAGCGGCAGCUACAUCAAAGCCAUGGGGGAUGAGGAGAGCGGAGACUCAGACGGCAGCCCCAAGACAUCUCCCAAAGCGGUCGCCCGGCGCUUCACCACUCGCCGUUCCUCCAGUGUGGACCAGGCCCGGAUCAACUGCUGUGUCCCACCCCGGAUCCACCCGCGGAGCUCCAUUCCUGGCUACAGCCGUUCCCUCACCACCGGACAGCUCAGCGAGGAGCUGAACCAGCAGCUGGAGGCCAUGUGCGGGUCCGUAUUUGGGGAACUGGAGUCCCAGGCCGUGGACGCUUUGGAUCUGCCCGGCUGUUUCCGCAUGCGGAGCCACAGCUACCUCCGGGCCAUCCAGGCUGGCUGCUCUCAAGACGACGACUGCCUGCCCCUCCUUGCUGCCCCUGCCUCUGUCUCAGGGAGGCCCGGCUCCUCCUUCAACUUCAGAAAGGCCCCGCCCCCCAUCCCGCCGGGAAGCCAGGCCCCGCCCCGCAUCUCCAUCACCGCCCAGAGCAGCACCGACUCCGCCCACGAGAGCUUCACCGCGGCGGAGGGCCCAGCCCGGCGCUGCAGCUCCGCGGACGGGCUGGACGGCCCGGCCAUGGGGGCGCGCACCCUGGAGUUGGCGCCGGUGCCACCCCGGGCCAGCCCCAAGCCCCCCACACUCAUCAUCAAGACCAUUCCUGGCAGGGAGGAGCUGCGGAGCCUGGCGCGGCAGCGGAAGUGGCGGCCGUCCAUCGGGGUUCAGGUGGAGACUAUCUCGGACUCAGACACAGAGAAUAGGAGUCGAAGAGAGUUCCAUUCCAUCGGUGUACAGGUGGAAGAAGACAAGAGGCGGGCGAGGUUCAAACGCUCCAACAGUGUGACAGCCGGCGUGCAGGCUGACCUGGAGCUGGAGGGCCUGGCCGGCCUGGCCGCCGUGGCCACAGAAGAUAAGGCUCUGCAGUUCGGACGCUCCUUCCAGAGGCACGCCUCUGAGCCCCAGCCCGGGCCCCGGGCCCCCACCUACUCAGUCUUCCGCACGGUCCACACGCAGGGCCAGUGGGCCUACCGCGAGGGCUACCCACUGCCGUACGAGCCGCCGGCCACCGAUGGGUCGCCCGGCCCUGCCCCUGCCCCUACCCCCGGCCCCGGGUCCGGGCGCCGUGACUCCUGGAUGGAGCGCGGCUCACGUAGCCUCCCGGACUCAGGCCGCACGUCCCCCUGCCCACGGGAUGGCGAGUGGUUCAUCAAGAUGCUGAGGGCGGAGGUGGAGAAGCUGGAGCACUGGUGCCAGCAGAUGGAGCGCGAGGCGGAGGACUAUGAGCUGCCGGAGGAGAUCCUGGAGAAAAUCCGCAGUGCCGUGGGCAGCACACAACUUCUCCUGUCCCAAAAGGUUCAGCAGUUCUUCCGGCUGUGUCAGCAAAGCAUGGACCCCACUGCGUUCCCUGUGCCCACCUUCCAGGACCUGGCGGGUUUCUGGGACCUCCUGCAGCUCUCUAUCGAGGAUGUGACCCUCAAGUUCCUGGAGCUACAGCAACUCAAGGCCAACAGCUGGAAACUCCUGGAGCCUAAGGAGGAGAAGAAGGUCCCUCCGCCGAUACCAAAGAAGCCCUCGCGGGGCCGGGGUGUGCCGGUGAAGGAGCGCUCCCUGGACUCGGUGGACCGGCAGCGGCAGGAAGCGCGCAAGCGGCUCCUGGCGGCCAAGCGCGCCGCCUCCUUCCGCCACAGCUCGGCCACCGAGAGCGCCGACAGCAUCGAGAUCUACAUCCCCGAGGCCCAGACCAGGCUGUGA